AUUUUAUUUUCGGGAGGUUUAGGAAUUUAAUCAGUACGGAUCUGGACAUAAAACAUAAAAAUAGAUCAUAGUUUAGUAGUUAAACCGUUUUCAAGUAGUGAUAUAGCAUUAUUUCAAAUAUAAUGUGGUUAGUACAAUAAUUAUAACAAAACAUUGAGAUGAAACGAUUUAACCUCGCGCUGAAAGCGCCAAUUAAUAUUCAGACAAUAAUUGCACUUAGGUGAAUUAAUUAUGGUAUGGUCCCCACCAUUUGUAUACAGUUAAUGAUCGGUAAACAUUUCUUUGUUUGGUAAUAUUCAGUUUCACACGUGAAGAAUGUUGUUUGUUGUGGUUUUUGCUCUUAUUGGUUUAUCAUUUGCACAUGAUUCUGAUUUCACAAGACCUGGAAUUUAUCAAAUAACGGAACCUUUGGAACACAGUGAAUGUCCGCAUUGGGAUGAAAAGAAAAAUUUGCUCUACUUCGUUGAUAUUCACCAAGGAAAAAUCUACACCUACGAUUACAGCACCAAAGAAAUUAACUAUAUCAAAUUAAAUGGCCAAGUCGCUCCUGUUACACCAUCGAAAAACAAUCCGGAUGUAUUGAUAGUCGGUCUGAACAAAAGCAUAGUUUCCUUAGAAUGGGAUGGCAGAACUAAAAACAUAAAGAACCAGAAAACAUUGGUAAACUUACAAGAUACCGAACAAUGCAGAUUAAAUGACGGAAAAGCCGAUAAAGAAGGUCGUUUAUGGUACGGCACAAUGGGUCAAGAUACCGAAAGGAAUUAUUUGGAAAAUAUGGGAGCAUUACAUAAAAUUACAAAACCGACAUUGAACAAACCCACAACCGUAUUAUCUCCAGUAAACAUAAGUAACGGUUUGGCUUGGAACAAAGCCAACGAUAAGUUUUAUUACAUUGAUUCAAAAUCGUUUCAAAUUGCUGAAUACGAUUACGACAAUCUGAAAGGAGAGAUCAGCAAUAGAAAAACCGUAAUCGACCUAAAAGAGCACGACUUAAAUUUCGAACCGGACGGUAUGACGAUCGACACGGACGACAACUUGUGGAUCGCACUGUACGGCGGCGGUUCCGUCAUACAAGUGAAUCCGAAAACUGGCAAGAUUUUAAGGAGAAUCGCUUUGCCAGCCGAAUGUGUGACUUCCGUGGCUUUCGGCGGCCCCAAUUUGGACGUGCUGUUCGUCACCACGUCCAGGGUUUCGUUGACGGAAGCGGAGGGUGCCAAACAACCCGCCGCCGGAAGCGUUUUCGCCGUUGUCAACUUAGGGGUGAAGGGCUUUCCUAUGUACAGAGCGGAUUUGUAAUUAAUAAACUAUUAAGCAAGGAA